AUGUCAUCGUCGAAAACUGCUUCUCCAUUGUCACCUAUUACUAGUUCCACCCCGAUCUCAGCAACUCAACCUGCUCAUGAUAAUACUAGAAUCAUAAAGGAUUUACUUGCAGGGACUGCAGGAGGUAUUGGCCAAGUGGUAGUAGGGCAACCAUUUGACACUACUAAAGUUCGUCUACAGACUUCGAAGACACCUACUACAGCGUUGCAUGUAUUACGUGAUCUUUUCAAAAAUGAAGGUCCAUUAGCCUUAUAUAAAGGUAUGCUAACACCGUUGGUGGGUGCAGGGGCAUGUGUUGCUGUUCAAUUUGGUACUAAUGAAGCGUUGAAAAGAUUUUUCCGUCAUCAGAAUGCUGAUGGUCGUGUAAAUUUACAUUUAUGGCAAUAUUAUCUUUGUGGACUUGGUGGUGGUAUUGCCAAUGCAUUCUUGGCUUGUCCGAUGGAACAUGUUCGUAUUAGAUUACAAGUUCAAAAGGCGCCUAUUAAUGCCAAGAAUGUCACCGAUGCAAUAACACAUUUCAAUGGUCCCUUAGAUUGUAUCAAUCAAUUAUGGGCAAGAGGUGCUUUGAUGAGAGGUUUACCGGCUAUGUUAAUACGUGCGGGUCAUGGACUAGGGGUAUAUUUCUUAACUUAUGAAGCCUUGGUGGCACAUUCGGGUGUACCAAGAAAGGAGUUACCAGCUUGGAAAUCAUGUUUAUAUGGUGGCUGUGCUGGUUCUAUGUUAUGGUUAGCUGUGUAUCCAUUAGAUGUGGUGAAAUCUGUCAUUCAAACAGAUUCAUUAAAUAAGCCGAGAUAUUCAGAUAACAUUUGGAAAGUUGCUAAACAAUUGUAUUCGUAUGGUGGUUCCAAGGCAUUCUUUAGAGGGUUUGGCCCAACAAUGCUACGAGCAGCACCCGCAAAUGGUGCUACUUUCUGUGCGUUUGAAAUGGCUACUCGUGUCUUGGGAUAA